AUGCAUUAUUUGCAUGUCCUGGGAUUCCUGGUUUUUUUUGCCACCUAUAGCUCAUCCCUCGAUCGUGCAUUGAACAGAAGGCGAUUCAUGGAACAAUAUAAGGAUCGGUCCUGGCGACUAACUAUGAACAUAUCUCAACAAAGGCACGAUCCUGUCCUAAUGUCCUUGUUGCAACGUGACUACAAUGACCAUAAGCUAAUCAAUAGGAAGGAUUUGUUUCCUGCCCAGAUGCCCUCAAACGAUCUAAAGAGAUAUUCAGGAUCCAAUUAUCAACCUUUCACUCCCUUUGAAAAGCGUGUAAUACGUUUACUAAUUAGACUGGGAAUAUUGAAAAGCAAGGCUGAAAUUAUGCUGGAAACCCUGGAAAAAGACAAGGAACUAUUAAAAAGAUUGAAGAAGUUACUCGAUGACGUCGACGAAGAGCAGGAGUCCGAUGACUUUUUUGAGAAUUUUUUCAAUUUGAUAUUUGAGUAAAGUAGUUAAAGAUUUAAUUAAACUUUUACUAUAUCCAAAAGCUGAAGCUUAAGACUGUUAUUCUAAAUUUGUUAUUUUUAAAUUUUAAUUCAAAAAUGGUUUUUAUUCUUGUUAAGAAAUUAAAGUCCUGAAACUUUUCUGAACUCAA